AGAUAGCAAGUUGGAAAAGAGAGGGAGAAGAGAAGAAAGAGAAUUCCCCUGCCUUUCAACCUUUUCCCUUUCUCUCUCCAACAUCAAAAUUGAAUUGGGUGCAAACCAAAAACAUGCAGGCUCAAUUGUGUACUCCUUUGCUUCAAUCAAUCUGCCCAAACAGGUCUAAUGGACCACGCUUUUUAGCCGUAUAGAAGUCAAAAACUAACAAACCGAUAGUUUCCCCGGAAACUCACACCAUGGAAGAAUCAAAUGAACUGCAUUCUGAGGAGAAUAAAAAUUCCCAAGACAACAAUAAGAAAAGAAAGCUCAAGACACCAGCCCAGCUUAUGGCUUUGGAGAAAUUUUAUAAUGAGCAUAAAUAUCCUACGGAGGAAAUGAAAUCACAACUUGCGGAGCAGUUAAGAUUGUCAGAAAAGCAGAUAUCUGGAUGGUUUUGCCACAGAAGGUUAAAAGACAAAAGAUUGUCGAGAGAUGAAACACAAGGUAAUGGACGGCAAGAUCGUUCAAGUGGUGUUAUUCAGGAUCGAGCUAGUGGACUUGGGCAGGACUCUUGUGGCAGCACUAAACAUGGAGAGCAUAGGUUUAUUGAUCCAAGGGAAGUUGAAAGUCGAAGGCUUUCUGGGCAUGAUUUCGCAGCUGCAGAUAUCACCCGCAAUUAUAGUAGUCACUAUACAGAGAGAGUUGGUGACAUGGAAAAUACAUCUUCAGAAAGUAGCUCGUCUUUACAAGAUAGGUUCUUGACUCAAAAUGAGGAUCCGUAUGAUGUGGAAACUUCUAGAUACCUAACACAUACCAAGGGCAUGGAAAACAUGGGAUAUAAGCCCUCAGGGUUUUUGAAAGUGAAAGGUGAAGCAGAAAAUGCUGCUAUUACAGCUGUUAAGAGGCAACUCGGGAGGCAGUAUCUGGAGGAUGGUCCUCUGUUAGGUGUAGAAUUUGAUUUGCUUCCUCCUGGUGCAUUUGAAUCACCGAUUAUGGAUUCAGGCCAUGAACCAUCCACUCUUGGUAAUCCUGUCCUCCGUUCUCCUGAUAUAUCUGGAGUGAAAGGGCAACUAAGUCCAAGCACUAGAUAUGAAGUAUACAACUCCAGGUUGAAUUCCCAGGAUUCAUAUUUACAGCAGGAAAAUCCUAGCAUCAUGCAUGGGUUUGAUCUUCAGGAGAAGAAAUCAAGCAAGCAAUUGAGACAAAAGUCGACUUUUCUCAACAAUACCAAUCCUUUCCCUGGAAAAAAUUCUCCCUUGGAUAUUUACGAUAAACCUUCUGGAGGGAUUUCUGCUUAUAAUAGCAAUAAGAAAGAUAGAAUGAGAUCUAAGGGUUACUACGGUAGGAAAGUUACUAGUGAACAAACAGAGCCUCGCUUAGAUGAGUAUGAUAAAUUUAGUAACCCCAAGACUGUCCAAAGGAAUGAUUACUUGAAGUCAAGGCCUUCAAGUUCUAUAGAGGAGAAGUUUGAUGGAGAAUGUAAGGCCAUGAAGGACUAUCACAAUCCGCUUAGAGCAAAAAUGAAUUCUACAGAUGAAUUGGUGGUUACAAAACAAGCCAGAGUUAAUCUCCCUCAACGAGACUAUGCACCAAAUUCAUUUGCUCAAAUUCCACCUCGUAAACAUCAGAUUAAAGGCGACCUUACAUGUCAGAGCUAAUAUUGCAGAUACGGUAGAUGGCAAAAUCUUUUCUAGAAUUGCCAUGGAGAUGCCAUCUAGCUUCAGUGAGGAUGAAACUGCAGAAACCAAUUCUUCUGUGGAUUGAGGUCCCCAUAGUUGAAGGAUGGAAGGCCGUAAGCGAUUCACAAGGCCCUAGGGAUGUACAGUUGAAGAGAACAUGUAUUCUAUUUAAGCACUUGUCGUCGGAGGGAAUCGGUUUUGGCCUUUCAGUGAUCAUUUGUUAAUAUGUGUAGAAAGUGGUUUUGUGUACUGCUUUAAUUGUUACCGGUUUGUUUCGUGGAAGAAAGCUGAUCAAACUCACAUUACUUCUUUUUUGUUGGUUAAAUGAUGCCCUUGCUUUCAGCAACUAUAUUUGGCUUUGCUUUAAUUGACGUGAACAGAGGGAUUGUCACUU